GCACCUCACCCUCUCACCCACCCACCGCGAGCUACCCCGAAAAAGAAACCCACCACACGCCACUCCUCUCCCUCCCCGCGCAGUGAACCCUAGCGCUCUCACCCUCUCAGCCCCGCACUUCCUCCUUCAGGAUCUCGAUGCGCCGCCGCCCAACCCCACUCCCUCCCUCUGGAUCUCGACGCGCCGCCGCCCCCAACCCACUCCCUCCCACGUUGUCCACCGGCGUUCCCCUCACACUCUCACCGCUCAGCCCCUCGGUGGCGGCACCCUCCCCAUCAUGAUCCCCGCUUUCCCUCAAGCGUCGCCUCUCCUUCUCGCUAUCCCCCAACCCCGGCAGUGACCUCGUUUCCCUCAACAGCCAGAUCCCGCUCACGCUCACAUCGGGCUCCUCAUCGUCCUCCUCGACCUGCUCCACCCGCCCGCGCUCCUCUCCAACUUCCUCCGUGCCGGGGUCCACCACGCCUCCACACAUAGCCUCCUCAACUAGGCCAGGGGCUUCCACUUCCAAUUCCGCACACAGCAGCAACUCCUCAUCCUUCCCCAAUGCUUCCGCCUCCGAUCGAUCCCACCAGAGCACCACCACCCGCCGACGCCGCCGCGCGGACCGGAGCAGAGCGCCGAUGGAGGUGGUGAAGAGCCUCCUGAAGCCGAAGCCGACACCACGGCAGCAGCUGCACGAGUGGCAGCGCCACCUCCGCAACGAGGGCCGCAACAUCGAGCACCAGAUCCGAGACGUGCAGAAGGAGGAGAAGAAGGUGGAGAAGGCCAUCCGAGACGCCGCCAAGGCGCUGCCAAGGAGCUCUACAAGAACAAGGCCCGGCUCAACUCCAUCUCCAUGCUCCUCGGCAAGAUCAUCGGAUGUUGCGACCGAUGGCCUGAAUAGCAAGAUCCACAUGAAGAUCUUGCUGAAGUGGAUGUGGGGCAGGAGGAUCAUCAAGCUCUCGUGCACGCAGCGAGGAGCUGCUCUUCGCCUCGCCUCGCCUCGCACAAGCGACGUCGUCAGUAAGACACGUGGUAUGGGAGCUGGGCGCAAGCUCAAGACCCACCGCAGGAACCAGAGUGAUGCUUUGGAUUUCAUUCAUGCAGCAGAGGACAAGGGCUUCAUGGCCAAACAAGGCGCAUGGUGCUCGCAAGCGACGAACGGAGGCUGUUCGACAUCGUCUACACAAACCACCAUUGUGAUCUCCUCCCUUUGCUAUGCUACAACCAUGCUCUGUUUCAUGUGUCAGUUAGGAUUUCGAUUUUUUUUUGCCGUGGUUGAGUCCUUGCCGACUGUUGCGUUGAUGAUCAAGUGCUGGUGCUUCAUUUGGCAAUUUGAUUUGCUGCUGGUAAUUAGUAGUAUUAGAGUGCCGUUGGUUUAUUAGGAUGUGGCUGAAACCAUUGGAUGGCCUUCCUGGACAUGUUCGAUUUUUUUUUGCCGUGGUUGAGUCCUUGCCGACUGUUGCGUUGAUGAUCAAGUGCUGGUGCUUCAUUUGGCAAUUUGAUUUGCUGUUGGUAAUUAGUAGUAUUAGAGUGCCGUUGGUUUAUUAGGAUGUGGCUGAAACCAUUGGAUGGCCUUCGUGGACAUGUUAUCCAGAAUUAGUACUUGUCCCAUUUUUUGUUUCCUAGCUGGACAUGCUAUGGUUCAAGUGUCGAUGAUGUCUAGUAGUAGUUUGCUAGCUAUAUACCUGCUACUGAUUGAUGCUCUUUUGAUCUCCUGGAAUUAUAUUAUACUAUAUCUAGUGUUCUUGUGGUUCUGUGAAGAUGCAUCACAAACAUCCAGGUCUUUGAAGUUGGCUGAAUCUGUUGCUUUAUCAUAUAUUUGGUCCAUAAAUCUACAUUUCUAUGAGAUCUCUUUCAAUAUUUUUUUGAUAGUCCAGGAAUAAUAGCGACUCUAAUGCUAGUACCUAUGUGUUCACUCUUUUACAGGAGCUCCAGGUCUACGAAAUUUGAAGUUUGAAGCCGUAUACUCAGCGAAGAGUUGUCUCUUAUGUUUGACUGUAAUAGAUUGUAAAUAUUGUAAUAUUGUAACAAUAGGCAUAUUGGGGAUGUAAUAGACUAUGUACAUAUUGUAGUAGACUUAGUGUUAUUUGAUGAACUACAUUUGUACUAUUCUGUCUGAAAUAUUGAUUAUGUAUGUGAUUUGAAAAUGUGUGGAAUGGAAACAUGACUUGUGGGACCCACUUAUGAAAAUAAUCUGAGCAGUUUUGAAAUC